UAUUAACAGACACAUACAUACACUAUUCAUAGAAACAUACCUGCACAUACAUAAAUAAUAUCAUAAAAAUGCGCUUGAUUAAACAAAGCACAGAAAGCUGUUGAAGGUGUUGGUAUAACAGACCCUCUUUCUUUUGGUGAUAGACAGAACACAGAAGCACGCCUUCGCUUUUUUGAUGUUAUGAUCAGAUGUCACACUUCAUCCAUUAGCAAGCGAACCAGUCCCAGCUUAGAAGCGCUUAAACUUGUCCAAACUUCACCGCUCCUAGAGGACGCCUUGCGGAGCUAGUCAAAAUGCAACUGCUCUGACUGUAUCACUUAUCAGUUCCUGCUUCUAGCGGAGGAGCAGCGCGCUUGUGGGGGAGACAAUACUAGACACGCUUAUGCCAUGGAUGACUGACAACCAAAUACCGUAUUGCACCUUUUCUGAUCAAUUCAACAUUAAAACAAGAUAACACUAUCUUAUUUUCACAUUUGCGUACAGACGUAAAUCAUCAACGGAGAUUUAGAGAGAUCGCAUCUUAUUGCUGUUCUUGGGAAACUGAUGAAAUUGUACUUAUUUCAAAAGGAUUACAUUGAAAGCCGCAGUCGUGCAUUUUUGUCAGAAUACAGGCUGAAACUAAAUAACACGGUUAAGCAGUGAAACCUGGGCAGCAUGGCCAAGGAGAAACCAGAGUUGCUCACGUGGGAGAUAAGCAUAGCUGUCUUUCUGAUCUGUGCUGGCAUUCAGACAGGAGCAAGCCAGUCCCAAAGUGCCUACUUCCUUCCUGAGUUUGCACUUUCUCCACAGGGGAGCUUUCUUGAAGACACGACAGGAGAGCAGUUUCUUACAUUCCGCUACGAUGAUCAGACGUCCCGGAUCACACGCUCUGAUGAGGACAAGGACUUGGGAUGGGAUGCCUGGGGUUCCUGGAGCGACUGUUCCCGCACAUGCGGAGGCGGGGCGUCCUACUCACUACGAAGGUGUCUGAAUGGAAGAAAUUGUGAAGGACGAAACAUAAGAUACAAAACAUGCAGUAACAUGGAAUGUCCUGUAGAAAUCAGUGACUUCAGAGCUCAGCAAUGCUCGGCACACAAUGAUGUUAAAUACCAGGGACACGUGUACGAGUGGCUCCCAGUUUACAAUGACCCUGCUGCUCCCUGUGCGCUCAAGUGCAAAGCUAGGGGGAAGAACCAGGUAGUGGAACUGGCACCCAAAGUGCUGGACGGCACCCGAUGUAAGACAGAUUCCCUGGAUAUGUGCAUCAGUGGGAUCUGUCAGGCUGUGGGCUGUGAUCGACAACUUGGGAGCAACGCCAAGGAAGACAACUGCGGGGUCUGUGCAGGAGAUGGUUCCACGUGCCGCCUCGUGAGGGGACAAUCGAAGACACACGUCUCCCCAGAAAAACCAGAGGAAACCGUGAUUGCAGUCCCAUAUGGAAGUCGUAAUGUUAGAAUCACUGCAAAAGGACCGGACCAUCUGAUUAUUGACUCAAAAACCUUGCAAGGGCAGACAGGGGAGCACAGUUUUAAUUCCCCCGGAUCAUUCCUAGUAGAGAACACAACAGUGGACUUCCAGAAGGACCCAGACAGGCAGAGUUUCAGGAUUCAAGGGCCACUGGGUGCUGACUUUAAUAUAAAGGUGAGGUACGCUGCUUCCAGAGACACUCUGGUGCAAUUCCUCUUCUAUCAUCCCAUCAGCCAUCAAUGGAGAGAGACAGACUUCUUCCCUUGCACCGUCACAUGCGGAGGAGGCUAUCAGCUAAACUCUGCAGAGUGUAUGGAUGUCCGUUUGAACCGUGUGGUGUCUGACCAAUACUGUCACUAUUAUCCUGAGAACAAGAAACCCAAACCCAAACUGAAGGAGUGCAAUAUGGAUCCCUGCCCGGCAAGUGAUGGAUUUAAAGAGAUCAUGCCUUACGACCACUUCCAGCCUCUUCCUCGUUGGGAGCACAAUCCCUGGACCGCCUGUUCUGUGUCGUGUGGGGGUGGCAUUCAGAGCCGGAGCAUCAUGUGUGUGGAGGAGACCAUGCAUGGGGAGAUCCUGCAGGUGGAGGAGUGGAAGUGCAUGUACACGCCUAAGCCAACACUCAUGCAAACCUGCAACCUGUUUGACUGCCCCAAGUGGAUAGCAAUGGAAUGGUCCCAGUGCACUGUUACCUGUGGUCGAGGGCUGCGUUACAGAGUGGUUCUUUGCAUUGAUCACCGUGGCCAGCACAUAGGGGGGUGUAAUCCACAGAUGAAGCCCCACAUCAAAGAAGAGUGUGUGGUGCCCAUUGCAUGCUACAAGCCCAAAGAAAAACUUCCUGUGGAAGCUAAACUGCCCUGGUUUAAACAAGCACUGGAACUGGAGGAGCCCAGAGCUGCUUCAGAGGAGCCUACGUAUAUUCCCAAAGCCUGGUCACCUUGCAGUGUCACCUGCGGGCCUGGCAGACAGACACGGCAGGUGAAGUGCCGAGUCCUCCUCUCUUUUUCCCAGACGGAGGUCGAGCUGCCCGACGAUGAGUGCGAGGACUCGAAGCCCCCGACAGAGCGAGGCUGUAACCUGGGACCGUGUGAUGGGGAUCCUGCUGUGUACGAGUCCUCCAUUCCUCACUAUGAUGACGAGGAGCUGUAUGACUGGGAGUAUGAAGGGUUCACCUCAUGCUCUGCUUCAUGCGCAGGAGGAAAACAAGAAGCCAUUGUGGUGUGUCUGAAUAAGCAGGAACGAGCAGCUGUAGGUGAUGCUCUGUGUGAUGGCUCCAGUCGCCCCCCUGAAAUGAUUCGAAAAUGCAAUCCAGAAUCCUGUCCAGCAAGAUGGGAAGUCACCUCUUGGAGUCAGUGCUCGGCUAGCUGUGGAGUUGGAAUAAAGACCAGGAACGUCUACUGCACGCGCGUCUUGUCGCUCGCACCCGAGCACUCGGUCACUGUUGCUGAAAAGGAGUGCCAAGAGACAAAACCUGCUGUGCUGCAGGCUUGUAACCAGUUUGAUUGUCCACCAACUUGGAUUGCUGAAGACUGGCAACAGUGUUCACAUUCCUGUGGCGGCGGUACCCAGUCCCGGAAAGUCCAUUGUAAACAGCUGCUGUCGGAUGGCAGUUUUCUGAAGCUUCUCGAUGAGUUCUGCCAGGAUCCCAAACCUCUGCCUCACACACACUGUGCUAAAACAGACUGUCCACCACAGAUGGCAGGAGGAGACUGGUCCAAGUGCUCAGUUAGUUGCGGUGUUGGAACCCAAAGAAGGGAGACUGUCUGUCGCCGGCUUACAGCAGCAGGCCAGCAGGUCACAUUAAGCAGAUCAGUGUGCAGUGGCCUUCUCCCUCCACCUCUCAUCAGGACCUGUCGCAUGAACGCCUGCCCCAAACAUAAUAAGGAAAUGAAACCCAAGCAGUCCCAGAACCGUAAUCCUCAGAUCCUCAGCCUAAACAGAGUCUAUAUUCAGACAAGACAGGAGAAGCGCAUCCACUUCACCAUCGGUGGACGGGCUUACCUGCUCCCCAAGACGUCUGUGGUGAUCAAGUGUCCUGUGAGGCGGUUCCAGAAGAUGCUUAUCAGGUGGGAGAAGGAUGGCCAAGACCUUUCCAAUUCUAAGCGUAUUGGGGUAACCAAGUCAGGCUCCCUGAAGAUCCACAGCCUGGAGGCGAGUGAUAUAGGGGUGUACCGCUGCAUUGCCGGCUCUGCAAUGGAAACUUUCAACCUCAAGCUGAUCGGGAACGACAACAGGCUGAUAGAACCACCCAACGGCCAGAAGCUGAAGACGAAGCUGGACCUCAACGAGGCCAGCCGCUUGGAGGAAAAGUGGAACCGAAUGAGCAAGAUGUGGCAGAGCUGGAGUGAAAAGAAUGAGUUUUACUUGGACGACAGCCAGGCGCACGACCAGGCUCUCCUGCAGGUUCUUGGCAACUACUUAACAAACUCAGCCGAACCCUCCAGCUCCCAGGAACGUCCCGACAAACACCUGGAGGCUGCCAUCCUUCACGGAGCCUACAGCAUGGACUCCCAGCAGUUUGAGGAGCUUGUUAGGAACAUUAGUCAGCUGGUCGAGAAUAGAGAAGUGACUGACGACAUGGCCUCGCAGCUUAUAUAUCAGCUGAUGGCUGAAGUGUCCAGACCUCAGUCAACAACGGAGAAGUGGAAGGAGCCCUUGCAGGAAAACACCUCGAACUCGAAGCUUGUUGAUAAGACACCUAAUGCAUCCGAGCAUGUCUAUAACAAACAGAUGUAUAAAAAGCCCAGCAUCAUCAGGCACAAGCUGAACCCCCUCAUGGCAUUCCAGAAAAGCAACAACGUAAGCAUUGGUAGAGCAGCCUUCCUGACGAAUGCUACGCUGACCAUAUUUCUGCUGUGCGAAGCCACUGGAGUGCCAGAGCCAAAAUGGACUUGGACCAAGAACGGAAUGCUGUUACAGUUUUCAGAGAGGGUAGCAUGGGAUAGCACUGGAAGACUACAGAUAUCCAGUCCUGGUGCUGAGGAUGCUGGUCUGUAUGGAUGCACUGUGACAAACGACCAGGGAUCAGACACAGAAACGUCACUUCUCCUCUUUGCAGAGGCACCUUCUAUCCGAGUCUCCUGGAAGAAUGUGUCGGACCUGGUGAGCCGAAGAGUCACAGCAGUUGUUGGGGAUUCAGUGACUGUCAGCAGUGGAGCAAAUGUCACACUGGAGUGUCCUGUGGCAGGUGUGCCUCAGCCAACUGUAAGCUGGCAUAAAAACGAAGGUCUAAUGAAAGGGAACAGUUUCCUGCUUUUGAAUGGAUCUUUAUUACUUCAGAACAUUUCCGUUGAAAAUGAUGGAACGUACUCUUGCAUAGCCGCCAAUCCACUUGGAAAAGUGGAAGCAUCAAGCUUUCUCCAAUUGUCUGCGUUGAGAACCUCCGUCAACCAGUCAUCACUUUCGAGAGGCAAUGGGAGAAAGCGGGUUUUAAUGGCCUCUCAACUUGGCACCAACAUUGCUGUGAAGUCUGGUGACCUAUUACGCAUAGGAUGCCCGGUGCCUCCAAACCACAGAAAUGCCGUGAGGUGGUAUCUGAGGAAUCAGACCCUUCCAGAAGUUCCAGGUUUGGAAUACAGAGUGCUGGUGGGCGGUCGAGUCCUGGAGGCCAGCACUUUCUCUGGAAGAUUUGAUGGACAGUACAGAUGCCAGACCACCAUAAACUCUCAGAUAUUAUCUGCUUGGGUCAACGUCAUCUUAGAAGAAUACCGAUGGGAGCUCGGUGACUGGACUGCAUGCUCUUCUACAUGUGGAAAUAAAGGAACCCAAUCCAGGAGACUCAUCUGUAUUGGUGCAAGCGGUCAUGAAGUGAACAGAUCAGCCUGUGAUCUUCUGCCUAGGCGAGCACCCCCCGCUCAGCCUUGCAACAUACAGGACUGCCCUCCCAGAUGGGUCUCCAGUAUCUGGUCCAAGUGUUCAGCAUCCUGUGGAAAAGGAAUCCGGCAGAGGAAAACUUCCUGUCAGCAGGUGACAGCCAAUGGGAUUGUGAGAAUCCUCCCAGUCAACGCCUGUGUGAAAGCUGAACAGCCCUCUGGAAGAGAAGCCUGUGUCUCAGAUACCUGUGCAGAGUGGGGGGAACUACCAUGGGGAAAGUGCUCUGGACGGUGUCUGGCUCCAUCCCUCUCGGUGCAGCAGCGUCAGGUCAUGUGCCAGCAUCACAAUGGAUCUUCCAUCCCAGAGUCCCACUGCGAUGAGAGGAAGAGGCCGGUGUCUGUGAGAAACUGCUCCUCAGAGAUGUGUGACGUGCAGUGGAGGGAGGGAGCCUGGAGAACCUGCACUGCAGCCUGUGGAAGCGGCUUCCAGUCGCGGAGAGUGGAGUGCGUUCACAGGAGAAACAAUAAAACCGUGGCAGACCAGUACUGCAGCUGGCAGAAGCGGCCAAUCACAUGGCAGCAUUGUAAUGCCACCUCAUGUAGUAGAGGAGAAUGCAUGGACACGACUCAUUACUGUGCAGUUGUAAAGAGACUCCAGCUUUGCCGUAUUGACCUUUACAAGCAGAGGUGCUGUGAGUCCUGCCGGGAGGUGUAGUACCCUGUCCGUUAUCGACGACAGCAGCACACUGCCAGAUAACAAGGAACAUGCAUCAGAACACCUGUACAAGAUCAAGACUCUGGAGGUCACAUUAUGACUUGACCUGCUUAUAAAGUAGAAAAAAAAAACGAUCAUGGAAAAAUGCUAGUGUUGCACCAGUGCUAAAAGACGCUUGUUACAGGAAGUUCUUCUGUUGACUUGUGGUCGCCUUUCUUUGUACCAGGAAUGAACUGAAAAAUAACCCGUUUUUAGACUGAAUGGAAAAAAUGUCCUUUGUGUCUGUUAAGAACUCCUGCAUGAGAUAUGAUGAAAUGAGCCGGAAUUGAUUGAAGAAAGCCAUCCUGCAUCCUAUCGUUCUUUAACCUUUUAUUUUUUUUUAAAUUACUUUACUGCAUAUUAUUGACAUCAUGGAACGAGAUUACGUUUGGUUAUAUAUUGUAUUUUAAACACAUCCAUUCAGCACCUUAAAGACUAAUUAUAUAAUCACACCUGAUACUGGUUCGUCUGAACAAUGUGUCUUUAGUGCUGGAUCGUAUCCAUCACAACUUUCUUAGCAGCAAGAGAAACUUCUACGAGCUGAAAGUGCAGCGCCCCUUCCUUGUGUAUCAUCUCACUGAAAGCUAAACCCUGUCAUAUCUAAUAUCAAUAGAACAUGCUUCUGUGGGUAAUGGAUCACCUAAAAUGAUGCAACACACACACACACACACACACACACAGAGACCUUCUCAACCAGUUGCUGUGUUCCUAAACACAUUAAUUGUAUGGUACUUCUGUUUUUAAGCACCUGCUCAGGUGGCUAAAACCUUCACCCUGAAAAAAGCUGUUAUGGCUGCAUCCAUAUGUGAGUUUGAGUACUGUAUGAGUAUUGCAUUUUAGAAUAUUUGGAACAAGAGUGAAAAAAAGUUAUGAAGGAAAUAAACAAUUAGGAAACUGCGCACUUUUUAGAAGGAUGCAAUACUGAGAAUCUGAAUCUUAAAAAAAAAAAAUAACAUGCUGUGUAUUUGGUCUACGCUGUUUAUAAUAAAAUAUGAUUAGUGCAGAAGUAGAAGUGGUAACACUCAUCUGAGCAACAGAGUAACGCUUGGCAGUUAUUGCAAGAAGACCUAAAUGUGAAAACCUUUGGUUUUGUAAAUCAUGCGUUGACAGGCUGAUCGAGAAAGUGAGGCUGAAUUGUGUGAUUUGUUUUGCAUUAGCGUGUAAUCCACAGACUCCAGAGGGGGUUCUAAUAUUAUCACACUGUGUAUUUUUUCUCUCAACGUCUGCACUACAUUGAAAGUGGCGGAGUACAAGCCCACACAGAAUGUCAUUCUGUUCAUACAGUGGUUGACUUGACCAUGUCCAGCUUCGUAUUAAAAUUGAAUUGAGUUCACCAUCUGCUUCAUUAUACUCAUUUACAGUAUGAGUUCAAGGUGUAAUAAUAAUAGUAACAUACUAACAAUAUAUCAUUAGACAUUUAAAUUAGUGUGUUGAUAAAAUAUACCACUUUUUUUUCUUUCUUUGUAUUAUUUCCUGCUGAAGGGAAUACAUGUUUUGACAGGGUAGUAAAAUGUUGUGUCACGAUAUCUUUUCAGUAGCCAGCAGUCCAAAAUUGACUGUAUACAUUCUAAGGCUACCCAAAUCUGAAUUGGGCUUUUAAUGUUGCUUGUGGUAACCAUUCUGGUUUUCAGAUUGGUACCAUUAAAUAAAAUAAAAAUGUUUACAAAGCAUUGAUUUUCCAGAAAGCUAUUCUCUCAGAGUAGGCUGUUAGAAAAUUGUGUUACUAUUAUUAAAGACGAAGGAUUUUAACUUUUGGUUUCUAUUUGUAUGGUUUAUUUUAAUAUGACACAGUUUGAGAAUCUGUAACAUGGUUACUAGAAUGUAUUUCAAAUGUUUGGAUAAUUGUAUUGUUUAGUUUGUUAAUCAGCAAAUCCUUUGACGAUAAUGAUGAAAAAAGCAAGCGACUAUUAUUAAAAAUCUGUCAGUAUUAGAAUCCUAAAUAUAAACAUUUUUAUACUGCUCUGUUUUCAGUAACAAGUGCUACACUGUUAGAACUGAAUCCCAAGGUGCAUUAAGAGUGGUAGAGUAACCUUGCACCAAACCUGUGCCUUAAGCUUCCUUCAUUUCUAAAGGGUCUUGAUUCUUCAUUGAUUUUGUUGACCCUUUUUUGUGUGUGUCUUUUUUUAAAUUAAUGGAGUGCAUUGUAAAAUAGUACUUGUAUAUAUUAUGUUUAAAGUGCAAUAUGGUAUCUUGUACAUUGUGUUAUAAAAGAUGUUUGGGACUUUAUUUUCUUACUACCAAAGUUUCUGAUUAAAAUUUCUUUGUACCUUGUAUUUAAGAUUUAAAUACUACCCCUCUGCAUUUAGCACUUGCUAGUAAGCUCUGUCGAUUGUGUUGAUUAUAACUUUCUUCUUUAGUGAGGACAUAUUACUGCAAGAAAUAUUUUUUUGAAAUGUUUUUCAACUAACGCAACGUCUGCCGUACUUUGCAAACAACUAAAAAACACACAUGCUUCAAUAACAUCUCAACAUUCCUGUGUAGCUCCUGAUAUUUACUGUAAUAUGUGUAGGUUGUUUAUAAGCAACGACUUGUAAAAUUAGCACCAACUUUACAGAAAUUCAAUAAACAUAUAAAAGAUGUUGGGACAAACUGAAAA